UACGUCCAUACCUACAUCAUGCGGCCUCUGAGCGGUGGCCGUCGAGCUAAGAGAGAGAGACCCGCGGCGCCGGUAGCUAGGGCAGGAGCGGGGGCUGGGGCAGAAGCAUCGAGGAGAGCUUGGGUCCGCAGCAGGAGUGGAGUUCAGGGAGGGCGGGGGGCUGGUUGGCCUGCUCUGCCCACGGCGAUGACAUGCAGAGGGCGUGGCGGGGCGACCUACCAGAUCCCUAUUGCUCCCCCUCCGCCUGAUCACGAGUUGGUCGGUUUCUACGACCUGCCUCCGGCCUCUUCUGAGUACACUCGCCAGUCCUUGGAGCUGACCGCUUCAGUGAUGGGGAUGCUCCAGCAGAGUCUCGACCUUCUAUCCAUUUAUAGCAUUCCGCAUCCCUUCCAGAUCCCUGCCGUAGGAGGUGCCCCAGCUGAACCUUCUGUUCCUACCGGAGGAGAUAGAAGAGUAUACCCCCGCACCAAAGCGGGACGCACCCAUGUCGAGAGUAGCUCACGGGCGCCAGUUCCAGACGAUGACGAGUCUGAGGCGGAGACAAAGGCGGAG